UAAUACUAUAAAUACAGACACACCAUUAAAAGUCAGAAAUUAGUUAUUUCUAUUUUUGUGACAGCUGACAGUAAAAUUCUCUGUAAACCAUCUCAAAAUCCUCGCGCAGCUCUGCGAUCGAUUAGUCAGCCUUUGGAAGAGCUCGGUUAUCUAUUGGUGGAUGAGUAUACGUCACACCGGAAGUGAAGAGGCUGUAGUGCCGGGCAAGAUGGUGGCCACCAGGAGAGGAGCACGCGCGCGCUCUCCAUCUGAAACAUCAACGGAAGAGCGGCUCGAUGUGCAGGCCACUCCCUCCACUGUUCGGAGGACCAGGAGCUCUGCUAAACUGCAGGCGACUCCCGUCCAGCUUGAGGAGAGUGGAGAAGGACCGGCGCCGUCUGCUGCACCCUCCACCAAGAACCGACACAGCAGAGUGUUGGAACCCCACAGCCCACAGCAGGGCUCCAUCCAUGAUGCAGACACGUCUGACCUGGACUCCUGCUGCUCCGUUGAGUUCGCAGCAGCUACACAAACGAGGGCCACCAGAAGAAAAACCCAGAGAAGGAAUCAUGAAAGUGACAUUUCUGAUGUGGAAUCCUGCUCCUCCGCUGCAUCAAAACCCGGCUGCGGGACCCCCCGACGCACAAGGAGGACGACAGGCUCUGAAAGCUCUGGGGCGCAUCCUCCUGAGGUGGGAGGAGCUAUGGUUGAUCCUCCGGUGGAGGUCAGGUCUGGCGGUCCUGUGCGGCUGGAGUCCCAGAGAGUCACGAGAAGAUCUACUCGCAGCAAGACGCCGGCUAAACGACAACCUGCAGACUCUGAGCUCUCCGAACCAGACAGCUGCACCUCCAGCGUCUCAGAGCGGACCUCCAGAAGACAAAAACGUUCGAUUCCUGUGCACACAGACCAGCUGGCGGAGAGUUCUCCCGUCCGGACGCUUCGGCAGACCAGAGCAACGAGAAGCAGGGUGGCGUCCACGGUCAGCGAACCCCCAUCGUGUGAUUCGGAGGGGUUUGAGUCCGGACCCUCUUCUAGCUUGAGCACGCGCAAGAAAGGGAAGGUUCAGUCGGUGAAGGUUCUGGACUCGGAGUCCGAGGAGGUAGACCUUCAUUCCCCGGUGAGCCCCUGCUCCACAGGAAGCAGAACAACUCCAUGCAGCAGCCGUGCGAGCUCCGGGACCGCCAGCAGGAGACGUCCGCUCUCCAGGAUCUCAGCCGAGAGCCGGGCUAUGGUUGUGGAGUCAGACGAGUCACUGAAUGACUCUAAACUAGAAACCACGGUGAUUGCAGCAGAAGACACGCUGUUGGAAGAGGAAACGGUCAAAUUAACAGAGGAACAGAACGAUGUAAAUGAUGACAAUCUCAUCUCCAAGGAGGCAAGAAAAGAGAAGACAGAUGUUCCAGAAUGUGAUGAAAAUGAUGACAGCGGGCCUGCAGUGAUGGCCAAAGGCCAGCAGAGGGAGCCGUCAGCAGAAGGGAACGCUGGGGGUUCCUCUGAGAUGGAGACGAUGCAGGGAAACAUCUCUUCAUCAGAGGCCUCCCGAUCAGUUACAGUGAGUUUCUGUGAGAAGGUCCCUGAAAUGAUGGAGGUGGAGGAGAAGCAGGGACUCACUGUGGACACCUCCCUCCUGGACACAGAAAAAGAAACCCCGCCCUGUGAGGAGGAAGAGAAGGACAUGGAAGUCUGCAGCCUUAAACCGGAUGCUCAGCAGGUGGAGGACAUCCAGGAACUGUCAGAGGCUGCUCCAGAGUCUAAGCAGCAGCCGAAACCCUUCAUCAGCCUGCUGGACAGCAGCGAUGAGGACGAAGAAGUGGAUGAAGAGGCAGAGGAAGUUUCCAAACAGGAAGAUUUGGAUCAUGAGGAGCACGAGAGGGGAGGAACUUCCAGCAAGUCAAAACCAGCAGCUGCUUCUGUGGGAGGACUGUUUGUGAUCGACACCCGACCCGGACAAGACCCCGACCAGCAGUACUACACCGACUGGAAAGGAGAGGAGGAGGAGGACGAAAACAAAAGAUCUGAGAAGGAACAGGACGAAGACGAGUUUGUGGAUGAGGAGGAAGAGGAGGAUAAAGACGCAGACAUCUUGUGGUCAAGCAGAAAUUCUCAUUUGAAAGACCUGUCCAGCCGUAUCGACCCCGGCAUCAACGUGAAGCAGCUCGGGGGUUUAUACAUCAGUUUUGAUGGCAGCAAAUCAAACGGCGUCUCCGCCUCGGGGCAGAAGCAGAAAGGGAAGAAGAUCCUCGACGAGGUGAUGAAGAAGAGCAUCGUCGGCCCCGACUUUGAAAAGAAGGAUGCAGUGCCUCCAUAUAAGGAAUCUAAAGAGGCUUUGAAGUUGAAACGCAGAGCUGAGAGGCAGAAAUCAACCGGAGACGGAUGGUUCAACAUGAAAGCUCCGGAGAUUUCCCAGGAGCUGAAAGGAGACCUGCAAGUCCUGAAGAUGAGAGGUUCUUUGGACCCCAAGAGGUUCUACAAGAAGAACGACAGAGAUGGUUUCCCCAAAUAUUUCCAGGUGGGCACAGUGGUGGACAGCCCCCUGGACUUCUACCAUUCCCGAGUUCCCAAGAAGCAGAGGAAGAGAACCAUGGUGGAGGAGCUGCUGACCGAUGCAGAGUUCAGACAGAAAAACAAAAAGCGAUUUCAGCAGAUUAUGGCGGAAAAGGCAGCACAAGCAGCCGGCAAGAAGAAAAAGAAGAGUAAAUUUCAUAAGAAGUCCACCUAAAUUUGUGACAAAGGCCAGAACUUUUCAUUAAAACGCAGCAAAGCCAUUCUUUUUAAUUGAGACCCGACUGAUGUACUGUGUAGAACAGACCAGGAGGAGAACACAGAGACCGGUUCCGCUCAACCGGACCUGUAACGUCCAACAUCCUUGAUGGUUCUGGAGUCUGAUGGAACAAAUGAGUUUUGAAUCAAGUCCUGCAGCCUGACAGAAACCCGGUGGACCAAAGGAACCACAGGAGAUGGUUUCAUUAUUUUAAUCAAAGUACAUUAAGAAGUGAAUCACGGCAGGUCUGCUCUGUAUUUCUACAACCUGGAUUCUGUUCAAAACUGUCACUCUUCCUGCCUUCAUCUUCAGUAAAGUAAGAAAUGAA